AUGGCUCUUAACCCAUCUGCAUUCACCGCAUGGCUCUUAACCCAUCUGCAUUCACCGCAUUGCUCUUACCCCAUCUGCAUUCACCGCAUUGCUCUUAACCCAUCUGCAUUCACCGCAUGGCUCUUACCCCAUCUGCAUUCACCUCAUGGCUCUUACCCCAUCUGCAUUCACCGCAUUGCUCUUACCCCAUCUGCAUUCACCGCAUUGCUCUUACCCCAUCUGCAUUCACCGCAUUGCUCUUACCCCAUCUGCAUUCACCGCAUUGCUCUUACCCCAUCUGCAUUCACCGCAUGGCUCUUACCCCAUCUGCAUUCACCGCAUUGCUCUUACCCCUGCAUUCACCGCAUUGCUCUUACCCCAUCUGCAUUCACCGCAUUGCUCUUACCCCAUCUGCAUUCACCGCAUUGCUCUUACCCCAUCUGCAUUCACCGCAUUGCUCUUCCCCCAUCUGCAUUCACCGCAUUGCUCUUACCCCAUCUGCAUUCACCGCAUUGCUCUUACCCCAUCUGCAUUCACCGCAUUGCUCUUACCCCAUCCGCAUACACCGCAUCGCUUUGCUCUUACUCGAUCCGCAUGCGCUGCGCUUACCCUUUUAAUUAUCACCCCUCCCUCCCCACCCGACCCACGCACUGCUCACCGCGCUCCCUCCUGCAAGCGAUUCCAUUUUUUUCCCCAUACCCACUUUCCUCCGCCCCUCCGAAUUCUCGCAUCUCACACCUCCCAUCUCACAAUGCAGGAGUCAAUGGGGCUGUAGGGCUGAGAAGCUUUCUCGGGCACUUUAGGCUGCGCAGCAGCAGCAACAUCCCUGCAACCCCUCUUUUCAACCCCUCCUCCCUAUCUCCUCUCGCGCCUCCUCAAUCUGCAGGAGGCAAUUGGGCUGAUAAACGCCCUGGGGCACUUUGGGCCGCGCAGCAGCAGCAACCUGAGCUACUGGGGGCUGGCGGGGUGUGUGAACAGCAACUCUACGGAGAACUAUAA